AACUAAUAAUGUAGCCACCGAGAGGUGACGUAGUCACGUGUGUUUUGAAAAGUUUCUUGGUAUGGCACAGAGCACGAGAAUAUUUGUAUCCCAAUGCGAAUUUGAAGCAAAGCAAAUCUAACCUGGCAGCAGACGACAUUUAAACGUUUAGAUAAAUCUUCUUGUGCUAGCUUUCUUCAGAACAUUUUCUAGCUUUGGUUACGGUAAAGAUACGACCCUUUAGCUAACUUUAGCUUGUAUCAGCGUUGCAGGCGGUCGGGUCCUGCUUUUAUGUAAGGAUUGUACGGAUUUCAGUUUAUACGUUGGCUUCGGUUACGCGUUUAACUUACAGGUUCAGUGAAGUUACAGUUUUCGUUUCAGUCCAGCCAAGCAGACAACUCAUUCAAAAUGGUUUUCUUCACCUGCAACGCGUGUGGUGAGUCGUUGAAAAAAGCCCAGGUUGAUAAACACGUGAACAUGUGCCGGGGAUGCCAGGUCCUGUCCUGCAUCGACUGUGGAAAAGACUUCUGGGGCAAUGACUACAGAAACCACAAUAAAUGUAUCAGUGAAGAUCAGAAGUAUGGAGGCAAAGGCUACGAGGCUAAGGCUAAUAAAGGGGAUGUGAAGCAGCAACAGUGGAUUCAGAGAAUCAAUGAAGCCAUGAACAAACCAGGAGUCAGUGCAAAGCUGAGAGAUGUGCUGAGACAAGUCAGUGCCUAUGAUAACGUACCAAGAAAGAAGGCCAAGUUUCAGAACUGGAUGAGAAACAGUCUUAAAAUAGCCAACACAAAUCUACAUGAUGAAGUGUGGGAAAUUCUUGCUGCUGCUGACAAUGCUCCGGAGGCCACCCAGCAGACUCAAGCAUAUAAGCAGACAGAGGCAAGAGACCAAGUGGACACUUGCACCAAUGAAAAACAAAAUGGUCACCCAGAUGUUGAGACUAAGAAGCUGAACAAACGGGAGCGUAAAGAGGCACGUCAGCAAAAGAAUGGGAAAGCAACGAAAGGUGCAGAAGCAGCAGCUGUGCAAGAGCCAGAGGGCGACCAGGCAGGCAAAAAGAAAAAAAAGGACAGGAAGAGAAAGGCCAGCGAUGAAGACGGUGGAGAUGAAGAACAGUACGGUGCUGAAAGUGAGACACCUUUCAAGAAAACCAGGAUUGGCGACUCAGAGGCUGCGGAUAUGUCAGAGGAGGUUGAGAAUGAAGCUGUGUCCAAAGAUCAACCUCCAGGCAAGUUCAACUGGAAGGGAAACAUCAAGGCAGUACUGAGAGAAUCACCUGACCAUGAACUGUCUGUGAAGAAACUCAGAAAGAAGGUACUGGCAGCCUACUACUCUUACAUUGGUGAUAUGAAUUUUAAAACAGAGACAGAGGUCUUUGCCAUUUUCAACAAGAAGAUCAACAAAAAUCCCAAGUUCAAAAUUUUGAAAGACAGAGUUCGUCUUGUAAAUUAGACUUUUUUUCUGUUACCGUUUUGGCAUGUAAUGCAUGUUGUUUCUAGACUUUUAAAAUUUCAAAGUCAUUGUUGUCUGUCAUGUUCCUUUUUAUACAGAUGACAUAAUCUUAAAGAUUAAAAAUUUUAUGACUGCA